AUUGCCGCCAUUUCACGUGAAAGCAGCGCGCGGUUGGAGUAACGUCCAGAGCUAAACAAUUACAAAAACCAAGGUAGAAUUUGAGUUAAAUACUCCAACUGGAGAUUUGUAAAGCAAAAGCAACCGUUUUAGUAAACGGUAGGACCUAGCAGUUUAACGUCUUAGUUGGCCUAUUCUGUUGCUUGAAGACGAAGAAAAUGAGCUACGGAAGGCCGCCGCCAGACGUUGAGGGGAUGACCUCUCUCAAAGUGGACAACCUGACUUAUCGAACUUCGCCGGAGACCUUGCGUCGCGUUUUUGAGAAGUAUGGCCGCGUGGGAGAUGUUUAUAUACCCCGGGAUAGGUACACUAAGGAGAGCCGCGGCUUCGCCUUCGUGCGGUUCCUCGACAAGCGCGACGCCGAGGACGCCAUGGACGCUAUGGACGGCGCGCUGCUCGACGGGCGGGAGCUUCGGGUGCAGAUGGCCCGCUACGGACGACCACCGGACUCAAUGUACAGCCGAAGAGGUGCACCGCCACGCAGAUAUGGAGGGUACGGACGCAGAAGCAGGAGCCGUUCAGCCAGCCCCCGUCGCCGCAGACGUAGCCGCAGCCGUUCCAGGAGCAGAAGCCGUUCCCGAUCCAGGAGCCGCCACCACUACAGCCGCUCCAGGUCCCGCUCAUACUCCAGAUCCAGGUCAAGGUCCAGAUCCAAGUCUAAAUCGAAGUCCAAGUCCAGAACCCCCAGACGGAGCAAGUCAAAGUCUCCCUCCAGGUCCCGCUCCCGCUCCAGAUCCAAGUCAAGGAGUCGAACCCCGCCUUCCAACAGAGGGUCCAAAUCGAGGUCCAGGUCCAAAUCCAAGAGUAGACCUAAAUCACCAGAGGACAACGGAGCCGAGUCUUAACUCAAACUUGGACGCAUAAUGAACGGUAUACAGGGGAAAGGGUGGAUUAGUAAUUGUCUUAUUUGUUAUACUCAGAUUGUAGUCAUCACUGUGGUAUUCUGCAGUCUUGAUGCUGCAUGACAGUCAUUUGCACACAAGCACCAAAGUCUGCAGAAUCGUGAAUGUUUUUGGAAAUUAAAUUUAUAUUGGGGCUGAUGUAGACAGUCCUGGUGCUGUGUGUGUGUUUUACUUGGCUUGUAUGUUCAGUCAAGAUAAAACACGCACAGGCACGCCCAGGGAGAAUUGGCUUAAUGUGAUCUGCCAUAGCACAUAUUUCAAAUUGGGGUGAUGUGAGUGUGUAUGGGAGGGAGGGGGUAAGGGUGGUUGGGACGUGGGGGUGCUUCACUCAAAACGUUCACCUAAAUGUGGAAUUCUUUCCUCCAAGCUGCGGAGCCCUGUUUGCAAAGGGAGGAGGAGGAGGAGAUGGGGGUGUGGCAGUGUGAGAGCAGUUAGUGUGUGACCCGCCCAUGUGACCUGCCUGUUGCUGAGAGCGAUGGCAGUUGCUAAAGGAGCAGGUCACCAAGGCAACGGUGGUUGCUAUGGAGCAGGUCGUCAUGGCGGUGGUUCGGGCUGUCAGUUGGUGUAUGAGGUGGUGUGGUGAGGUACGUUCACGGGGAUCACGGGCAGAUGCACUGAGCACUGUUCCCACCUGUGCCUGUGGUUUCCUCCGCCUCUCACAAAGGGAACCGACCCCGAGGUUUGUUUUUCAAAUAUGCCCGAGUGUAAGAGUCUUGUUAGAGCUAGUAUUUGGGAGUGUGGGGCCAAGAAAGGUGUGUAAACAAAUGUGAAAAUAACUAGAAAUGUUAGGUAUAUUAAAAGAAGAUGGAAGCCAGUUUGAUAAAUGUUAGUGUCAGGGGGAAGAAGAUCAGACCAGUACUGUUUAAAUAUCCAGGUCAGCUGCAGGAGUUUAAGAUGGCCUCUUUGUUUUGCUCUUGCCAACUGGGUUUUGUCUUUCCUUCCAGAUCUCAGAUGAUUGAGCCUUUGCUGAGGACAUCAGGAAGAGUCUCACAUUGAGCAAGUGGACUCCACAAUUACCACUGAAUGCAGACUGAAAGGUUAUUGGAGCUUGGUCUAAAAUGUUUUAAAUGUUUCAUUUUACUUAAUUUACCUAAACAAAAUCUGUAACUUUGAUGUCAUCAUUGUAAAUUUGAGCAAAGUGAAAGGGAUUUGUAAGGUGUAUUUUUUUUUCCAUCUAAAUUGGGUUUUUUCUGAAUUUUGAUUGAAUUUGUACUUGUUAAUAAAUUCUUUUUUGACUUUAAGUACAUUUCUUUGAAUGAAACCCCUUGUUGAGCACUCUUUCCAGAUGGAUAUGAAAAGAGUUUUACUUGCAGAGUUGAUGUAGAAAAGGGUCACGUCGGAUGUUAGAUUUUUGUUAUACCACUCUUAUUGGAAAAAUGGCUUACUGUACAGUGACAUAAAAGCAAAACAUUAAAAUAUCGCAGUGCAACUUAAUUUGUGACUUGAUAAUCCGGCAACAUAGCAUUUUCUUUUCUGUCACGUCUCUUUUUCUCUGUCUGGUUAAAGUUGCUUUCCUAUGACUCUAACCCUCUUUCUUGUGUAUCUUUUGUGCACUAGGCGCAGUUGUGUAGCAGUUGAGUAAUGCUGGUUAGCUGUUAAGAUGCGGUGCAGUGCGGUGGUGACAUGGUGUGGCGUGUUGCGGUGCUGAGUGCCCGGCGCUGUUCCGGGGCUCGACCCUCCGCUGCCGUUUGCCGGUUUGUAAGCUCACAGGUGUGGCAGAUCAUCCAUCCUCUCCUGUCUUGUGACCUCUCCUUCCCUCCAUGUGCUGUACAGAUUCUCUCCUUCCUUUUCCCUUUAUUCUCCCUCCUUUCCUUUCCCCUCCCUCUGUGGUUUUCCACUGUUGAAAACUGGCCUUGCUCGCUUUUUUGAAAUUUGGUCCAGUGUGACUCCUAGUGAAGGGUUGAAAGGGCAGUUCCGACUGCUUAAUGAAUAAUUUUUGUGUAUUGCAUUCCUCUAUGAACCUCUCAAUUGUCUUGUUAUUGCUUCAGGUGAAUGCUAAUAAACAUCUUUGUUGUAAAUAA